GCGGCGCGGUGGAGGCACAGCGCCCCCUGCCGGCCCCAAGGCCGUGGGCGGGCGCAGGGCUCCGGAGCGCCCAGCGCGGGCGCUUCUGGCUGCAGGGCUGUGGUCCCCCUGGGAGUUCCUGGUCUUCUGAAGAGGCCUUUAUGUGCUUAGGGAGAAAGAGGGAUGUGCACCGUAAGCGCGGACCGCCAGCUCUGGCUCUGUGCCUUCUUCCAAAGGGCGUUUGCUGUGCACGACUUCGUCUUUGGGGCGCACUUGCUGAACGACUGGGGCCACUGCCGUAUUUGGGGGCUACAGUCGUGCUCUUCGGGGUCUCCGGACGGCGGUGCCCAUUUCGUCGUUCGUGGGGCUCUCGUCCGGGCCUGCACCCUCACCUCCCCGCAACAGCGGCGCUGGGGUCUCGGUGGCCACAGGGGCCUUAGGGGCAAGCGGGCACUCCCGGUGCAGGGCUGGGGGCGGGAACGGCCGCGGCCCCCGCCGCUUCAGUGACGC